AUGUUCCACGUCUAUGUUGGGCCGGAUUACCCAAGGAAAGGGUUUGUCACUAAGAGUAACACGGUCUUCCCAUUCACUCCCCAUUCCAGAACCGCCAGCACCGCCUUGUCUUUUGAUAACUUCGGAAACAUCCUGGGAGCUUUCUCUUUCCACCCACACAACAAGCCAUUCUCAGCCUCAGACGAGAUGACUGCUACUGCCAGCACCAAAUUCUUUGACAUGGAAAGUCAUGUGAGGGCUCAUGGGCAGUUCUCGAAUGUUCACAACAAAAGACCAAACGAAAUGCAAUCGACGACGGAGAUGAAGGAAGAGCAGUAUGGGCAUUGGCCUGUGUCAUUUUCCCCAUUCAAGUCGGGGAGAGACAGCCCACACAAUGAAAUUCGGAGUCGAUCGGUGUCCCAUAGCCCAGACCAACAAUCGAUUGGAUGUUCCAGCACCACAGAAGCUAUACUGGAGACCCCUUUCAUGGUCCAAGAGGUUGGUGGCUCCGGAGAUCCUGCUUCAGUUUUGAUCCAUCCUAUCCCCAGACACUGGUCGUAUAUCUCAGCCGGGCACCUUGCACCUCUUGCAGACUCCCAGAGUGUGCCAGAGUCUAAAUCAGCCUUCAGCCUGGCCACCACCAGCCCGCACGAAGAGCAUAUGCAAGAUGGCAGCAGAUCUCUAUAUCAAGCUAGAGGGUGGGCGAACAGUGACUUGGGCUAUCCAGUUAUUCUUCAGAACAAGGAAUCUCCAGACACAAGCUCAACGGUGACCGAACGUUGCACUUCAAUUAACAGCAGCACAGGUACCGAUGGGAUAUCCCAUCCUUGGCCAACCCUCGGACAUCAUCAGAUCCAUUUUGAGCAACCGCCUGAGGCAGUUCAGUACGAUCAAGAUGACGAUGGCUGGACUGAAACAAAAGCAUAUCCCAGUUUUGAUCAGCAAGCCGACUAUUUUAAUCAGUCUCCAGCCUCUCACUGCCAUAUUAACGGCUUACCGUGGCCAGACAAUGGAGACCAGACCCCUCUGCAGCCAUCAACUGUGUUAGAUCCUGGCAGAAUACUUGACCCUACCUCGACAUUUGAAACCGAACAAUCCCACGAGGACCUAGAUCUCAGCCAACUGCAGCAAAUUUCAAAUGAGAUUUUCAUAUAUCCAAAGGACUUCCCAGCGGAACAUUACCCAAAUACGCUUAGUGAAAGCAACGAAGGCACUCUACACCAACUAAGGCAGGCCACUCAAUCACCACCUUAUGCCAGCGACGACAGAAACGCCUUUCUGAUAGAAUGCAAGCGGCGCGGCCUAUCAUACAAGGACAUUAAGAGAAUUGGAGGGUUCAAAGAGGCCGAGUCAACCCUGCGAGGCAGGUUCCGGACUCUCACGAAGACCAAAGACCAGCGAGUGCGGAGGCCCCAGUGGCAGGAAAAAGAUAUUCAACUUCUUUGCGAAGCUGUCGAUGUCUGUGCGGAAACAGGUAGACGGAGCCACUGUGUCUCUCUCUCUCCUUCCAGGGGUGCUAUUCAGCCGCCCAAGGUUUCUUGGAAGAAGGUAGCUCAGUACAUCUGGGCCCAUGGGGGGUCGUACCAUUAUGGCAAUGCCACCUGCAAGAAGAAGUGGUGUGAGAUGGGGUUUCGGGCGUAA